CUGGCCUGGGAGGCCCACAGGACUCUCGUCCACAUCCAGUCUCUCGGAGCCGCCAUGAGCCGGCCCCGACCCCCAGGCCCAGACGAGGAUGCUCUUGAGACCCUCCUGGAUGACCUCAUCAGCUACUACCUGGAUAGGGCAGGGGAGGGCCGGCUCGGGGUCUGCAGGCAAGCAGCUCUCACCUGCAGGGCCCAGCGGCUGCUGGUCACAGGGGUCCCUCCUCAGCUCUAUCUGCCUGAGGAUGUGGCCCCUGAUCUGGGGACCACUCACUCCCAGGGGGCUCCCAGCUCUGCCCAGCACAUCUGCCACAAACUGGUGCGGGCACUGGAAUUCCUAGAGCUGAUCUCCGUCAACCUACUCCUGUUUCCCUGGAGGAAGGAAAUCAUGUCCCUGAAGACAUACACAGGGAACUUUGUCUACUGGGUGCGGCCUGUGCUUUCUGAACACACACUGCAGACCAUCCUGGGCAGGCUGGGCUACAUGGCCACCUCCGAGGCCGAGUUUUCACUGGUCCAGGCCGUCAGCGAGGAGGACACCAAGCAGAUAGUGUUUGAGAUCUUCCUGACGAGAGUCAUGUGUGAGGCCGUUCUCGGAACCUCGGGCAGGCAGCUCCUCGGGCCGGGCAGAGAGAAAGUGGACGGGCCCCACUGCAGGCCGAGCUCAGAGAGAGGGCUGCUGAAGACCCACAAGGGCCUGAAGGAGGCCCAGUCAAGCCCAGGCCCCUCAGCAGGGGCGAGGACUGAGAGGGCCCUGGCUGAAAGCCCUGAUGGUCAGCGCUCUCUGCCUGUGGCCUUUAGCCUGCCUGAGAUCUCAAUAGCCCCCGGCAGCCCCCUCACUGGCCCCCCGGUCUCCUUGGGGCCCCAGCACUGUACCAGCACACGCUCGGACAGUGAGGAGUUCCUGACCUGCUACAGCGACCUUGUGCUGCACCAGACACCCUUGUUCCCCAGGGACCAUCCCCUGAGCAGCCUGAAGGGAAAACAACUCCAGAGCCCAGGUCUGGGGCCCAGCCCACCGCCAGGGGAGGCAACUGUCCCCGCAGGUAGCAGCAGCGAGCCGCCCCUGGUCCCCAGCACAGCUCCUGAGAGCAAAGGGGUCACCUUUCCCGGCCAGCUCUGCCUGGUACAAGGCCCCCAGUUGUCAGAGAAUUCCUUGGACCCAAAGCCAGAAGCACAGCUGGAGUUGGCCACCCCUGGUACAGAAGCUGCACCUCCAAGUGCUUCCUCUGAGAUGGAUGAGCUCUGUGAGUACCUCGCCCACCUCCUCAGACCCCCAACUCCAGCAGGCCACCCCGGGGGCUCCCCUGGCCCAGGGGUUGAGGAGAAUGGACAAUCAGAGCCUCUCAUGAGGCCAGAGCCAGCCGGUGAGGGUGGCAGCCCAGACGGUAGAAUCACUCAGCUCUGGAGGUCUCCUCAGGCCCCCUCUCAUGUACAAGAGCCCCCCAGUGCUCACUACGUCCCCCCGGAGGGGCUGGAGGUGCCAGGUGCCACACGAGGAUACUACACGAGCAACAGCUGAGACUGUCACCCCUGGAUGGCACAGGGGCCGACACCUGACUAAGCCAAUUGCUCUUCUGCCAGGAAGGUGACACUUGGGAGAGAUGGUGGAUCUGGGACCACAGUGGGGACAGCAGCCAAACCCACAGCUUGUCAGCCACAGGGACAAACCUGCUAAUCCCAGCUGGUCUCAGGUCCCAGCACUGCCACCUAUAGACUGUGUGACUUUGGGCCACUUACUGCACCUCUCUGAGCCAUGUUUCCUCGUCUCAAAGUGGGUGUGGUGUCAGAUCUACC